UCUCUUUUAUCUGCGCGCGCGCACACACACGCGCACAGUAAGACAACAGCACCGCUCCACUCUCCGGGUCUGACAUCUGCUCACUGGCGCGUCGCUUUUUAUAAAUCAGGAAGAACCACAGAUCUGUAUGAAGACACUGGAAGCUGCAGUUUAAAGACAAGAUCCGAGACCUGAAGGUGAAAUCAGAAAGGCUGGUAUUGAUGUGCUGCUGCUGGUCGUUGUGCUUUGAUGGAAAUCUCCUGAGCGCUUCCAGGCUUGCGUGGCUCUCCAACACAAGUUAUGGAGUCUGGAGAGAGAUUGCCAUCCUCCACCCACUCCCAGCCAUCCAUCAGCUCCUCUGCUCCACCUCCAGCUUCAUCACCAAACAUAACGAGUGAUAGUGGACAUCUGUUUCAGCUGGUUAGCGAUCCAGGUUUUAGAACAUCUUUCCCCAUGUUGAGCCAUCCAGCAUUCAGGCUGUAUGCUCCUCUGUCUGGAUGCUCCGAUUUCAGAGGUCUGGGGAUUUUGGGAUUUCAGGGAGGCUUAACGUCCCACCCACAACUUGGAACGUUUCCAGACUGGUGGAGGGCGUCUGAUGCACAACUUCAUGGGGCUGCUGCGCUCUUUCCUCCUCUCCUGGGCCUGCCACCUCUAUUCACCCCUCCAUCACUGAGCCAGUUACAUACUCCCAUGAAGAGUACACGGGGCUCUGCUAAAGGGUUGAAUGGUGCAGUCAGUGGCAAUGGCAAAGCAAAAUCUGCUUCCUCUGGAGCAAGCUCUACUUCCUCCUCACCCUCACAAGCUUAUACAACCUCUGAACAGACCAAUACCUUCAAAUCAGGUCUGAACCCUCAGAACAAGACCACCAAAGCCAUCCUCAACCUCUGCAAAACCGAACAGUCAGCCAGCAAUCCUCCAAACUGGAGUAGGAAGCAGAAGAUCAAGACUGAUCAAGCCCAAGAGAAAGCCAACCGCAAAGCAAAACAGAAACUCUGUACAACAGUACCAGAGAUUUCCAGCAGCAGUGAUAGCCAAUCAGGAUCCAGUUCUGACAGCUCUAGUGACACACUCAGCAGUUUGGGCUCUGUUGACCUGGAGAAUGAAGAUGAUGAGGAUGUGAGUGUAUGCAGUGUUGAUUCUGGCUCUCAGAGAGGACAAAGAGUGAGCAGGAAGGUUAAGAACUCCUCACACAUGGACCAAGCUAAAGGUUGCUUUUCUAAUAGACCAGAUAUGUGCUCUAUGGACCCUACACAAUCCCCGGCAGCUCCAUUACUCUUUCGCAGCUCAGAGACCAGAGAAGAGCACAACAAGCACACCAGUGUCAUCCAGGCCACAGGAGUAGCAGGCAGUACCAAGGCUUUCUCCUUCCCUCCACAGCCCAACCGAGAUGCCUUGUCCAAACCUUUGUGUCUCACCUUGUCUCCCAAAUCUUCCUCGCUGUCAUCUUCUCCCAAACCUCUCUCUGUGUCCUCAUCUUCAAAGCAUCGCUCUGUCUCUACACCACCAAAGCCACUUUCUCAUGCCCGCUGUCCAAAGCAAUCAGCUCUCUCCUCUUCCCCCAACACCUCUAACAUCACUUCCUCACACAAACCUUCAUCCUUAAUGAAAGCCAGGCGUUCUCCAGACAAGUCCCUCCUGCACAUCAGUGACUUUAAUCAGCACAAGCAGGCAAAGGACCACCACCAAGAAGCAAGCAAAUCCCUGAAGAAAAGUGUGUCAUCCUCCUCAUUAUCACCUCAGUGUAGUCCUAAAAUCAAUUCCCCCAAUCCCAAGCACUCCAAUCUGUUUCUCACCUCCACCCUGCUGAAGAACUCCCCUAAUUUUAAUGGAGUUGUUCAGAGUACUGAGCAGGAUGCACCCCUGGCACUUAUUACCAAAUCUCGAUCUGACCGCUCUAAAACCCCAGAUAAGCCUUUACUAGCAGCCACCAGUCCCUGCUUUAACACCCCCAUCAACCUGAGCACAGGAGCCAGACAGUCUUAUCCUGGACCUCCUGCCUCAGACCAAGCCUCUACACAGCAAGAGUCCUGCAGGGUGAGCGCAGGGUCACUGCUCCAGGGAAAAAUGUUCAGGGAAAUGGGGUCUGACAUUCCCAGCAGCAAAGACUCUGAUGAUUCGGGGGACUGUGAGGAUGAUGAAGAGGAAGAUUUAAGUGAUAGUCUGUCAGGCUCUGGCAGUACCCUGGACACUGACUCUGAUAAUGAUGAUGAGGAUAGUAAAGAUGAAGAAAUGGAUACUGACACAGAGAGUCACACCGAGAGCAUGCCACUUAAACUCACUAAAAGCCCAAACCCUUUGGCAGACCCUUCUCCUGGCAAGAUCAGCAGCUCCAGUUCACUUAACCUGCAAAUCCAUGAACCUGCUAAGAUUUUGCAAACUGUGAAAAGAUCUUGGGAUCCGACCUAUCACAGCACCCCAGGCUCAUCACGUGUGGUCACAUCCCCAGCAAAGAGAAGAAGAGUGACCGAUGAGCAGGCACUGCGUAGACCUCUCGAACAUGGGUGGAAAAGAGAGACCCGCAUCAGGAAUAUCUGUGGGCGUGUGCAGGGAGAAGUGGCCUACUACGCUCCCUGUGGCAAAAAACUAAAAAAAUGCCCAGAUGUUAUGAAGUACUUAGCCAGAAAUGGAAUAAAUGAGAUCACACGUGACCAUUUUAGCUUCAGCGCUAAAAUAAGGGUUGGCAACUUCUAUGAAGCUCGAGAAGGACCAGAGGGUUUGCAGUGGUGCUUGCUGAAAGAGGACGAGGUUGUUCCCUGUAUCUUGGCAAUGGAGGCACAUAGAGGUCAUCCUAAGAGUCUGGAGCUCCAGCGUACUGAUGAUGCCUUCCGUUCUCACCAAAGGAAAAGAAGACCACCUAGUAUGGGUGAAACUGAUGUGGCUAAUGCUGCGUUGAUUAAACUGCAACGGAAACUGGAGGCGCAGGAAACUGCACGGCAGGCUGCUCAGAUAAAGAUGAUGCGAAAGCUGGAAAAAAGGGCUCUUGCGCAAGCUGCUAAAGAGGCCAAAAGGCAAAAAGCCCUGCUGGUAGCAGAGGAGAAGCGCAAGCAGAAAGAGCAGCUGAAAAUUCUAAAACAGCAGGAGAAGGUCAGGAGACUUGAACAAGUUCGUGUCGAGAAGGAGCUUCGAGCUCAGCAGAUACUUGAGGCCAAAAGGAAAAAGAAGGAGGAGGCUAUCAAUGCAAAAACACUAGAAGCUGAGAAACGAAUGAAGACACACAAUCUGAAGCUGCCACAGUGGGCCAGCCAUGUUAACAAGGAAAAGGAACUGCGCAGACAACAGGCAUUCAUUCUGAAGCAACAGGAAUUGGAGAGGCAUAGACUAGAAAUGGUAUGGGAGCGGGAGAGACGAAGGCAGCACACGAUGCUGAUAAAAGUCAUGGAGGCUCGGAAGAGAGCUGAGGAACGAGCACGUCUGAAGCAGGAGAAGAGAGAUGAGAAACGCCUAAACAAAGAGCGCAAACUGGAGCUCAGACGGCUGGAGCUAGAGAUUGUUAAAGAGCUGAACAAACCCAAUGAAGACCUGUGUCUGUCAGAUCAGAAGGCUCUGCCUGAGCUGUCGCGGUUACCAGGUCUUCUGUUACCAGACAGCUGUUUUGGGGACUGCUUGAUGGUGAUGCAGUUCCUGCGCUGCUUUGGGAAGGUGCUCCAUUUGGACCGCAGCACUAAGCUGCCCACGCUUCACAUGCUGCAGGCAGGACUCCUCAAUCUGAGCCCCAGUGUAGUUCAGCUGCAGGAUCUGAUCAUUGGCCUGCUCUCUGCUGUAGUGUGUGAUCCAGGCUUUCCAGCAGGAUCAAUGGCUAAAACAGCUCUUGGUGAGCAUGUUUCCAGUGUGGAGAUAAACCAGGAGAACAUGUCAGAGAUUUUGCAGAUCUACAUGGCCACUCACUGCAGUCAGACGGAGCUCUCACCGUUGGUAGAGAGUUUAAAGACCAAAGGCUUUCAGGCCCACACCCCCACUCAGAAAGCCUCCAUGAUGGCUUUCUUGGUCAACGAGCUGGCCAGCAGCAGGAGUGUGGUUGCGGAAAUUGACAAAAGUAUUGACCAUAUGACAAACUUACGGAGAGAAAAAUGUGUCAUUGAGAGUAGCCUUCGCAAAAUGAGAAGCAUCUAUGCUAAGCGGACUGGGAAGCGUGAUAGCAGUGUAGGAGGCGAAGAGAGUCUGGCUUUGGGAACACCUACCACUGGUCACAGACGCAAGAGAAAGGUUGGAGGCAUUGAGGAAGACGACGAUGAGGAUGAUGACAGUAAUGACCAAGGAGAGGAGGAUGAGGAUGAAGAGGAAGAUGGAGGGAAGAAACGCAAGAAAACUGACACAUGUGAGGAAGAGGAUGAUGAGGAUCAAACAGCCAGUGUGGAGGAGCUAGAGAAACAGAUAGAGAAAUUAACCAAGCAACAGCUUCUUAUCCGCCGUAAACUGUUCGAGUCCUCACACUCCCUGCAAUCAAUGAUGCUAGGGCAGGAUCGCUAUAAGAGGCGCUACUGGGCCCUUCCUCAAUGCGGAGGGGUGUUUGUUGAGAGUACAGUGAGUAGAGAGGAUUCACAAGGGGUUCAGCAAGAGUCUGAGAGGUUACAGAGUGCUCAAGGGAUUUCAGUGAAAGAGGAACCCACAGAGGUACCUGCUAAGAAACCUUAUGACAGCCCACAGGCAAAGCUUGAAAAUUCCUGUCUGGAUCUACACCAGGAGAAUGGCUCGUUCAAUCUGUUCCUGCAGAAGCCAAGUUCUUUUUCCAAGCUCAGCAAAAUGCUAGAGGUCGCAAAGAAGUCCGGCAGUGAUCCUCAAGGUGCCAUUUCCACUGUUCCCCACUUGUAUACAAACACUUCAACAAUGUUACCCAACAGCCUCUCUACUAAAUUAAACCAGGAAAUUAAAUCUGAAGUCAGCACUCUUCUACUAAGCCCUGUCCUCCCUGUCAACCGGCAACAUCAUCUACAUAGUGACCAACUCUAUAGGACUCUGGCAGAGAAACGUGCUCACUGGUUCAGCCUGCUGCCACGUUCACCAUGUGAUGAGUUCUCUUUGACAACCAGUUCUACAAAUCCAUCAUCCUGCAGUGCCAAAGCCACAUCACCUGCCACAAGUAACAGCAUGACCCAGUCCACCUCCGCUUUCUCCUCCGGCAACAGCCAGAACAUCACCUCUUCUGUCAGCCCUUCUGCUACUGCACCAGUCAGUAACUUUUUAAUAGAAGGACUUCAGAUGAAGCACAUGAUGGGCCUGCCAUUUCCUCUCUGGCAACCUGAAGUAAUAAAUCCAAAUAUGACCUUCAAGGGCAUGUCCAUAUGUUCCACACUAGGGGACCCCCUCCUGACCCCCAUUGUGGACACCAGUAAGAGUGAGUCCCCAGUACCAUCGGGUGAGAAAGCCCCUGUUCUAGAAAUGGCCAAAAGCCAGGACCUCCCCUCCCCACAGCUUAUUCCAAAAGAGAUGCACACUGGGUGGUGGAAGGUGUCUAGCUCUGAGGAGUUAAGCCGUAUAGUGAGUGCCUGUCACCCUCGUGGGAUCAGAGAGAGAGUCCUACAGAAACAAAUACAGAAACACAUGGAGUACCUCACUCAAGUCUGUGCCAAGAACAAAGAUGCUGCUGUGAUUGAUGUACGUGAGCUGGAGCAGAGCCAGGUGUGUGUGGAGACUGUGCAGAGAUGGUGUGUUGAGGAGCAUGCCAUGGAUAUAGACAUUGCUGUGCUGCAACAGGUGGAAGAGCUGGAGCGCAGAGUCACCUCCGCCAGCCUCCAGGUUAAAGGCUGGAAGCCAACAGAGCCACAGUCGGUGAGGGAAGACCUGCUCUAUUACGAGCACAAGGCUGUGGGCAAGAAUGAAAGCAGAGACAUUGUGCGACGCACAAAUAACCCACUGGACAUAGCAGUGGCGCACUUGUUCGAGCUGGAGCGGAACAUUGAGAGAAGGUACCUGAGGAGUCCCUUAAGCACCACCAUCCCGAUCACUCUGGAUAACCGGGGUAUGGUUAGCAUACCGGCUCCCGCAACAACAGCUAGUGCCGAGUGUGAUGGAGAUGGAGAAGACUUGGCUCCAGGGAUGAAGCUGUGGAGGAAAGCACUCCGUGAAGUGCGUAGCAGUGCCCAGCUUUCACUCUGCUUACAGCAGUUACAGCGCUCUAUUGCAUGGGAGAGAUCCAUCAUGAAAGUGUACUGCCAGUUAUGCCAGAAGGGGGACAAUGAAGAGCUGCUGCUGUUGUGUGAUGGCUGUGAUAAAGGAUGCCACACUUACUGUCAUAAUCCCCAAAUCACUACUAUCCCUGAGGGAGAUUGGUUCUGCCCUGCCUGCAUAGCCAAGGCAAGUGACUCGCCUCAGAAGAGUAAGAAGCAGGCCAGUCGGAACAGUGGAGGGGGCGAAAAACUGUCUGGAGGCAAACGCAGCAAGAAAGCCUGUGUGACAGGAGAGGACUCGGAGAACGAUACAGCCAGCACCAGUGCCAGCAGCACACCCAAGAAAGGAGGAAAGGAAACAAGAAAGAAAAAAAUGGAGGACAACCUUUGCACAAACAACACUAAGCAGGAGAGCGCAACACAAGUUACAAAUUAUAAAAUAAUCCAAGACAACAGUAAAGACCUAGAGCUCUGCAGAUUGCUUUUGGCAGAGCUGCAAACUCAUCAGGAUGCUUGGCCGUUUAUGACACCUGUCAAUCCUAAAUCAGUCCCUGGAUACCGCAAAGUCAUCAAGAAACCCAUGGAUUUCUCCACCAUUCGGGAGAAACUUUCCAACAGCCAAUACCUGAAUCUGGAGACAUUUAUCAUUGAUGUUAACUUGGUUUUUGAGAACUGUGAAAAGUUCAAUGAGGAUGAUUCUGACAUUGGACGUGCAGGACACAGUAUGAGGAGGUUUUUUCAGCGGAGAUGGACUGAGCUCUUGAAACAAAUAAACUAAAACUGGCUGAAAAUCCUCUGAAACCUUUAACUGACUACUGCUGCUUUACAUUUGUGAUCAAGCAAGUCUUCAUCUUCAAAUUUAUGAUUUACCCACUCACUUCACUGGUUUUCCUCAUAAACCAAAUGUACAAGCAUUUCAGCAAGUCCUCAUGCUGAUAUGAUGUGGCAUGUUCACAUUAAUCCAGUGUUUCAGAUAAUAUAGGGUGUGUCUUCAAGUGCAAUACAAAUUCUGUUUCUUUACAGAACUUUUAUUAAUUACAGCUGGGACUGACGAGAGCUUUCCACUCUGUAAAAAUAUAGUUGAUGUUUUUCUCUUUUUUUUUGUUUUUUAAUAUAAGCUUUACUAUUAUAGUGAAUGUAUUGUAUUUAUUUUUUUUAUUAUUUAUAAUUCAUUUGGUAUUCUUUUUCUAUGAAAAGGAAGAAGAUUUUAAAAAUGCAUUAAAGCAUUUUUACUGAAAUAUCUAUUAAAAAAUGUUUACACUGUUAGGUGCUUUUAAUUGUACCAGGAAACGCAUCACAGUAUUGCUGUAAAACUGAAUUAGCAAAAAAUGUUUUGACCAUUGAAGAACAGAGACCAUUAGGGGUGUGUGUGCGUGCGUGUGUGUAUGUGUGUGUGUGUGUGUGUAGAUAGUGACUACAUGUCUAACAAUAUGUAUGUGUGCAAUUUUGCAAACAUGUUCUUUGCCAUUUUUUUCUGUUGUCUUUUAAGUAGCAUACAUUUAAAAUCUUAAGUUGAUGAAGAAAAUAAGAAAAAAAAGAUCAUCGUUCAUACUGGGACUAAAUUGAAAUGCCAAAAUACACAAAAGUAUGAAUGAUCUACAGGACAAAGAGUUGAAAGUUAGCAUAGUGUUGAGGUAUAGUAUUGAGCUGUGGGGUGUAAAUUCUGGUUCAAGCAUAGGGUUGAUGUUUAGGAGCAUGGUGCAUACAGUGAAUGUGUAACAUUAAGGCAUAUCAUGACAUUAAAGUGUAGACAUGAGGGUUGAAACAUAGUAACAAAUUUUAGUUCAAGUAUGAGUUUUAUAUUUAGUUCAAGUUGGUGCAUAAUGUUGAUACAUGAGAUGUAGCACUUUUAAUAAUAAGCAUUCCAACAAAGUACCUUUACAGACAUCCAGAUAUAGAUCUAGGAGCUCCAGGUACAGCGACAACAGUAGCAUGGAAGGACUUCCUGAGAACCUUGAAACAGCAGGAAGAAGUAUGUGUAAUAGGGGUCUUGAUAAGAACACGGUACAGUUCAUGGCAGCAGUUUUUGGAACAUGCAAGUCCGUAGAGAAUCCAGGUGAUGUUAUUCACUGCAGCAGCAAUGUGAGACGUAAACUUAGGUUUGCAUGGGUAUCCAACUGAGGAUGGGUCAAUUAAAACCGCAGAUAAUUCUGAGAUGAAUGAGCAAGAACAAAAGCUGAUUAAUGUAUGCAUGGUCUUGAUGCUCUAGUGUUGCCACUAUGCAAGUGGGAACUCUGCCCGCCAUAGGGAUGACAGCAUACAUAAAAGGUAGCACCAGGACACAGCAAAAGUACCACAAAUACAAGGACUCCUUGAGACAUCAGCAUCCUGAGAGGCCACCAUCAACAAAUCUGAUGAUUAUAUGAGAGUGGUAGGGCAACAGCACCAACAUCAAUUUUACGGCAAAGCUCUACGUCUAAUAAAUCCUAGAUUUGCAUCUUCAUGUGGAAGUAAGCCUAGAAUUAAAGAAUGAGGGUGUCUCCAAAUCCAAAGCAUACUAGAAAGUCUAUUUUAUUGCUGGGGAACUUCUUAUUAAAUGAAAACACUAAUAAAGGCUGCAUUCUGGACUAACUGGAUGUGCACCAAGUGGAACAUCCAGGAUUACAAUAGCCCAACCAAAAGUAAUGAAGGCAUGAACUAGUUUUUUCUGCAUCUUGUAAUGAUGACACAUUCCUGUCUUGUUCCCAGGAUAGCUGUUGGAUCCACUGUGUCUAAGAUGACUGUAGUUACAGAAGAUAAAGGAUUAAUUGAUUACAUUCCUUCAUCUUCAGUAGGCACUUUAUCCUGGUCAGUGUUACAGUGGAACCGGAUGAUCCAGAGCCUAGCCUUGUAACAUUGGGUUAAAGGUGGGAAUACUCCCUGGAUUUUAUGCCAUUGCACCAUGCACACAUUUACACUUAGGGAAACAUUGGUCAGGUCCUUCCAGUAUGCUUUUGGGAGAUGGAAGGAAACCUGAGAACCUAGAAGAAACCCACACAGACAUGAGAACAUGUGAAACUCCACACAGACAGUAACUGGGAUUGACAUGGGGGAACCUGGACUGUAUAAUUGGAUAAAUUAAUGUUUUAAAUUUAUAUAUAGUCACUGCUAUAGACUCUUGGCAUCAGUGUUUCAGUGGCUGUCUGGCUCUUGGCUUUUCUAUUUUUUAUUGUACUGAAUAAAAAUUUAUCAUUGUUUUUA